GCUGCGGCGGCUGGGAUGUACCUGGCAGCGGUCUCGGCGGGGAGGAGACGCCCGGGCGGAGACGGCGGCUGGCACCUGGCGGCCGCGGGGUGGCUGUUCCUGCUGGCCCUGCUGCUGGGCGAGUCGGGGACGCGUGCUCUCGUCUGCUUGCCCUGCGACGAAUCCAAAUGCGAAGAACCGAAGAGCUGCCCCGGUAGCAUCGUGCUGGGGAUCUGCGGUUGCUGUUUCAUGUGCGCUCGGCAGCGGAACGAGAGCUGCGGGGGAGUCUACGGGCUGCACGGAGCUUGCGACCGGGGCUUGCGCUGUGUCAUCCGACCGCCGCUCAACGGAGACUCCAUCACCGAGUACGAAGUGGGCGUCUGCGAAGAUGAAAACUGGGAUGAUGAUCAGCUUCUUGGAUUUGAACCAUGCAAUGAAAACCUUAUAACAGGUUGUAACAUAAUCAACGGGAAGUGUGAAUGUGACACCAUUCGGACCUGUAAUAAUCCAUUUGAGUUUCCAAGCCGGGAUACUUGUCUGUCAGCCUUAAAAAGGAUUGAAGAAGAGAAACCUGAUUGCUCCAAGGCCCGCUGUGAGGUCCAGUUUUCUCCUCGAUGUCCAGAAGAUUCCAUCUUGAUUGAAGGCUAUGCACCUCCUGGUGAAUGCUGUCCACUCCCAAGCCGUUGUGUGUGUAAUCCUGCAGGCUGCUUGAGGAAGGUUUGCCAGCCUGGCUAUUUGAAUAUAUUGGUUUCUAAGGCAUCAGGAAAGCCAGGAGAAUGCUGUGAUCUCUAUGAAUGCAAGCCAGUGUUCAGUGUGGAUUGCAGCACGGUCGAGUGUCCUCCUGUUCAGCAAGUUGUUUGCCCCCUGGAUAGCUAUGAAACCCAAGUCAGGCUGACGGCCGAUGGCUGCUGCACCCUGCCCACAAGGUGCGAGUGUCUCACUGGUCUCUGUGGUUUCCCCAUGUGCGAGGCAGGCUCCGUGCCCCAGAUAGUCUCACGUGGAGAUGGAACGCCUGGCAAGUGCUGUGAUGUCUUCGAAUGCGUCAAUGAAGUGAAGCCAACUUGCAUAUUUAACAGCAUGGAAUAUUAUGAUGGAGACAUGUUUCGGAUGGACGCUUGUCGAUUUUGUCGGUGCCAAGGGGGAGUCUCUAUUUGUUUCUCUGCCCAGUGUGGUGAGCUGCACUGUGACAGGUACUAUGUGCCUGAAGGAGAGUGCUGCCCAGUCUGUGAAGACCCACUUUAUCCAGUCAGUAACCCUGCUGGCUGCUAUGCCAAUGGCCAGAUCCAAGCUCACGGAGACCGCUGGCGCGAGGACGACUGCACGUUCUGCCAGUGCAUCAAUGGGGACCCGCACUGUGUGGCCACAGCCUGUGGACAGAGCUGCCUGAACCCUGUCAAGGUCCCUGGAGAGUGCUGCCCCGUCUGUGAGGAACCAACGUAUAUCACAAUAGGUCCACCCACCUGUGAGGUUUUGGUGAACUGCACUUUGACUGAAAAAGACUGUAUCUAUAGCUUCAAACUGGACCAAAAUGGGUGUCGCAUUUGUCAGUGCAAAACUAGGGAGGAGCUGUGCACCGGCCUCAUUUCGGGCUGUUCCUUGGAUUGUUCCUUCGGCUUCCAGACUGACGCCCACAACUGUGAGAUCUGUCAGUGCCGGCCGCGGCCCAAGAAGUGCAAACCCAUUGUAUGUGACAAGUACUGUCCCUUUGGAUACUUGAAGAACAAGCAUGGCUGUGAAAUCUGUCGGUGUAAGAAGUGCCCCAACCUGCCUUGUGGUAAAAUCUGUCCAUUGGGCUUCCAGCAGAACAGUCACGGCUGUGUUAUCUGCAAAUGCAGAGAGGCAACAGCUUCUCUUAUGCCUCCUGUUAAAACAGGCUCCUGCCUGUCCAUGGAUGGGCGCCGGCAUGAGAAUGAGGAGAGCUGGCACGAUGGCUGCAGGGAAUGUUACUGCCAUAAUGGACGGGAAAUGUGUGCCUUGAUCACCUGCCCCGUUCCCAGCUGUGGCAACCCCACCAUACAUCCAGGGCAGUGUUGUCCUUCAUGUCCAGAUGAAAUAAUAGUGCAAAAGCCAGAGCUCACCAGUCCAUCAAUCUGUCAUGCUCCUGGUGGGGAAUACUUUGUAGAAGGAGAGACAUGGAACAUUGAUUCUUGCACACAAUGCACAUGCCACAGUGGACGUGUCCUGUGUGAGACUGAAGUCUGUCCACCUCUCCUUUGUCAAAACCCCACCCGCACACAGGACUCCUGCUGUCCACAGUGCCCAGAUGAGACGCUUCAGCCCUCUCCAUCAAGCAAUGAGAGCAUGCCCAGUUACUGCAAAAAUGAUGAUGGAGAUAUUUUUCUGACAGCUGAGUCCUGGAAGCCCAAUGUCUGCACUAGCUGCAUUUGCAUGGAAGGUGUGAUUAGAUGCUACUCUGAGUCUUGCCCACCAGUAUCCUGUGAGAGACCUGUUUUGAGAAAGGGACAGUGCUGUCCUUACUGUAUUGAAGACACAGUGCCAAAGAAAGUGGUCUGCCACUUCAGUGGAGAAACGUACGCGGAUGAGGAGCGCUGGGACAUUGACAGCUGCACACACUGCUACUGCCUGCAGGGUCAGACUCUCUGCUCCACUGUCAGCUGCCCACCUCUGCCUUGUGCUGAGCCCAUCAAUGUGGAGGGAAGCUGCUGUCCCAUGUGCCCAGAGAUGUAUGUACCUGAACCCACUAACAUCCCCAUUGAGAAGACAAAUCACCGAGAUGUUGAACUAGAAGUACCAAACUGGCCAACACCGAGUGAAAAUGAUAUAAUCCACAUUCACAGAGACAUGAACCAUCUCCAGGGAGAAUACCGGAGUGGCAGUGGGCCACACCCCAGCGAAGAUGCUUCCGUCAGCUCUGUUGCCUUGGUGACAAUCCCAAUCACGAUAGCGCUGUUACUGAUCAUCGUGCUCCUGCUCAUCAACCAGAAAAAACAGUGGAUUCCAGUGUCCUGCUACAAAGCUCCGACAAAGCCUUCUUGCCUAAACAAUCAACUGGUAUAUGUGGACUGCAAGAAAGGUACCAUGGUCCAGGUGGACAGUUCUCAGAGGAUGCUAAGAAUUGCAGACCCAGAUUCAAGAUACAGUGGAUUUUACAGCAUGCAGAAACAGAACAACCUACAGGCAGAUAAUUUCUAUCAAACAGUUUGAAGAAUUGCACCCUUACCAAGGAUUUAAGAAAGAAAGAGAAUGAGAGACAGUCUGCUAUUAAAAUAAAAUUAGAAUUGUGCAGUUGCUUAGUGGAUUGUAUUGGAUUUGUGACUACAUGUACAGCUCUAAGACCUUUCUGGGAUGAGCUCUGACUCCUGCAAUGUGCCAGAAAAAGCAUUCCCACUUUUCCUUGAGAUAACUGACCAAGUGUUUUCUUAGAACCAAAGUUUUAAAACUUGU